AUAGGAAGGUUACGUCACAGGACUUCCUGGUUUUUGACGUCGGCGCUUGAACUUUGACCCUCGCGCCACUUCCUCCCUUCUCUUCCGGUGUCGGGGCUGAGAGUAGACAUAAAAGAUGGUCCAGCGUCUGACAUAUCGUCGUAGGCUGUCCUACAACACAGCCUCUAACAAGACCAGGCUAUCCAGAACACCAGGUAACAGGAUUGUGUACCUCUACACCAAAAAAGUAGGCAAGGCACCGAAGUCUGCAUGUGGUGUGUGCCCAGGAAGACUUCGUGGGAUACGUGCUGUUCGUCCUAAAGUUCUUAUGAGGCUGUCCAAGACAAAGAAACAUGUGAGCAGAGCCUACGGCGGUUCCAUGUGUGCUAAGUGUGUACGUGACAGAAUCAAACGAGCAUUCCUUAUUGAGGAACAGAAGAUUGUUGUCAAAGUGUUGAAGGCACAAGCACAGAGUCAGAAAUCAAAGUGAUUGUUUUGUGUUUUUUGCCUAAUAAAUGACGAAUUAU